AUGGAGCCCUCAAAAGACUUUAAAUCUUCUGACGAACUAAAAAAAGAGAUUGACCAAAAAAUACCAAAAACCACCGUGAUUAUCGAGGAUCGUUGCCUCGCAAUGGGUGGAGACGGUGGAAUCAAAGGAGCAGAGGCGCAAUACAUGACUCGCGAAGACGUUAGUUUGGUGGGACAUAGAGAACCGUAA